AAACCCUCUGGAGAGACUCACAUCAGCAGAGGACUGAAGUGAUGCUCUAAACCGGGAGGCUCAUCCAGUAGUUAAGAAUCAACAAAGCCAAUUGAGACCACAUCAGAGAAAAACGCAUCCUCUGUGCAGGAGCCCGCUGGAGCCCUGAGGUGACAGAGAACAUGCCAGGGCUGAGGAAGCGCUCCACAUGGGCCCCACUGCUCCUCAAGUCCUCCUGCAUCAAGUCCUGUGCCAACGGCUGUUCCCUGGGCACCACCGCCCACCUCACCUAUGCCAACACGGACACCGAGUCCAUAGAGGGUGUGUUUGUGUACCCUCUGGGGGAGAAGGAGGUGGUGGUGGGUUUCGAGGCGGUGAUCGCGGGCCGCAUGGUGGGCGUUCAGAUCCAGAGCAGGGGCAAGCUGGAGGACUGCUGUCUGGACUGCUGCCCAGGGUCAGGCUUUGAUGGUCAGUGUGGGAACGGCCGCGAGUGGGGCUGCUGUGGAAGUUCCAACCUGGACAUGCAAUGCACCAAUGGACACCUCAUCCUGGAUGAGGACCUGGAGAGGACCACCUUCAUUGUUGGCACAGGGGUCAUCGGCCCAAUGGACAUAGUGUCUGUGGUCAUAAGCACCACACUAGAACUCCCCACAUUGGAGAAUGGAGCGAUCCGUCUGGUGUAUCCCACUGUGUUUACUCCCAUUGUCACUGGGCGGAUGACUCCAAGCAAAAGUGAAAAUGGGGGGAAGUCAUCAGAAGAAACAGGGUCCACCAGUUGUUUUGGAGCCGCAUCAGCCAAGCAGGAGCGGGCCUUGGGCACAGAGCAACAGUGUGCCCACACCAUCUUCACCAGCCCAGCUGCCAACCUGGCCCCUUACGAACUCAACUUCCAGCUAUUGGUCAGAGGAGCCUGUCUAUUGGCUGGCCUGGAGAGCCCUACCCACGCCCUGAGGGCCGACGCUGACCCCAGUGCCCAGAGUGCCUCAGCCACAUACAUCACCCUCGCACAAGACCACCUGUACGACAGACACAUCGAGAUCAUACUGCACCUCAGUGAACCUCACAGCCCAUUGGUCAUCCUGGAAAGGGGCCGGCUCUCCUUCAGCCAAUACGAGCAGCAGAUCUGUGCCCGGCGUGACUUUAUCCGCUGCGCUCGCAAAGAGUCCGAACCGGAGAAGAGGUUGGAGUUUGUGAGGAAGAGAUACCACAAGGACAUUCUGAGCAGCCCGGUUCUGAUGCUGAACUUCUGUCCGGACCUGCUGUCAGAGCCCCCGGAGCUCCACCGAGCCACCAGGGAGCUGCUGUUCCUCGUGGACCGCAGCGGCAGCAUGAGUGGCAGCAACAUCCAGCGCAUCAAGACCCAGAGCUGUGGUCCCAGACCCAGAGCUGUAGCCACAGACCCAGAGCUGUGGUCCCAGACCCAGAGCUGUAGCCACAGACCCAGAGCUGUGGUCACAGACCCAGAGCUGUGGUCCCAGACCCAGAGCUGUGGUCCCAGACCCAGAGCUGUGGUCCCAGACCCAGAGCUGUGGUCACGGAGGUGA